AUGCCAUCCUCAGAAGUUUUGAACAAGGCCUUCAAUGAGGUAACCGCCGGCAUGCUCCAAAUUUUGGCAAGAGCCUUGCAGUUGACCGAAGGUCCCGCCGGCCACCUGAACAUGGCCACAGAGAUGGCAAACAUAAUGACUCUGGCAUUUCAAAGUCAUGCACGGUCGGCAACUGAAAUACCACCGAUCUUGCUCUCGGUGGCCAUGGAAUUGAUGGAGCAUGUAGAUCGUGUUGGCCAGACGUCGUUUCUUAGUGUUCCGGUGUGGAACAACAUCAAGUCUGAUGACCCUCGCAUCGAGCGCCAUCAGUUAUAUGGCAAGGCUCACAAGGCAAUGACUGCAUCGGCCCCAGCACCGAUGUCGCGACCUGCAGAUACACCACCAGUAAAUGCAGCCACAAAUACACUGGCGGUCCCUUCAGUGGUAGCAAAGUCAAAGCUGCCCGGAAGUGACAAAGUGGAAAUUGUUGGGGAUAUCACCCAAGGCGAUGCUCUCCACAAGCAGAAGCGGAGGUCCACUGGUGCAUCCGAAGAGGUCACUGUUUGCCAUGAAGACAAGGUCAUCGCGCCGGCGAUUGUAGACAAAGCUGAGGAUGUCGCGCCGGGAAAUACGAAUACAAUGCUGACUAGACCAAGGCCAAAGCCGAAAAGCAAGCAGGUGGAGAUAGUAGUCUCGUCUGGGUCUGAGGUCCCAACGGAUAGGAAAGGGAAGGGAAAGGAAGUUACGUUACUGGUGGAGACUGACCAGCAGGACCGUGGGCGGAAGAAGUCGAGAGAUGUUAGUUCUGGCGGGCUGCCAAAAAAAGGAUCUAACCAUCCACCGCAGAUGCAAAACACUGGUGAUCAACGGAAACCAUGGUAUGAGAUUCAGAAACGGGUGAGCACUAGGACCGCCACACGCGACCAGCAAAAAGGUGAAGCUACAUUUGUGGAACAAAAGGCAAUGGUCGCCCCUGAGCCUGUCGGCACCAUGAGCACGGUGAUGCAGGCUGAUGUCAAUGCUAACACUCCAAUUGCUGCAAUUCCACACAUGCCACCUCCUCGUCCUACUCAAUCGCCUCCAUCAUUCGCCAAAGACAUGGUCAUUGACGUGUCCGGUGACACGGUUGCAAGGGACUUGCAGGCCAUGACACUAGAGGAUACUGACAUCCGAGCCAUGGAAAAAAUGUGUGCCGAGAUCGCCAUAUUGCAAGAGGAGGUGAAGGCCUUGCAUGCCAAACCUCAGACUCGUGAGGGUCAGAUCCGGAGCACUGAGUCAAUGUUGACUGCACAAGGAAAUCGUACUGCCGUCCUGAUGAAUGCCUAUGAAUCUAUCCGGCAACGUGUUGUCCCCAGCCCACCCGUUCCUCAUUUUAAUAAUGCUGUGUUCUUUCCUCCCACCGGUCAUACAGUCCCAUACAGUCAAGGCAUGAGCGCCGGGCAGGCACAGGCAAUGGAACGGCUUUAUUUCAAUUUCACCCCAGGUCCGUCCACCAUCGCCGGUGCCUCCAUUCCAAGUAUCGCCGCCACACGCGCCGGACCUUCAGGCUCCCAGAUCAACCAGCCCUCUAGUGAAUCAGCAUCUGGGAAGGGUCCCACCACCUAA